AUGGCGGCCCCCGAGGCCGGCAGCACAGGUGGGGUGAUCAGCUACGUGGGCUCCAGCGGCGCCUCUCCCACCCGCACCAGCCCCGUGUCCCUCUGCAGCGACAGCUCCAACAGCAGCUCCCAGUCGGGCUCCCAGCCCUUCCCCACGUACUUCCCACCGUCACCCACCGGCUCCCUCCAGGAUUCCCGCGCCUAUGGCGGAGCCACGCUGGCUUCCCAUGAAGACGGCUCCCCUUCCUCCUCAUCCUCCUCCUCCACCUCCUCUUCCUCGUUCAGCUCCUCGGUGAAUUUCCCCGGGGUGCAGCCCGUCCCCGCGGACGAGCGGCGCCGCAGCUCACCGAGCAAAGCCGGCAGCACCGUCACGAAGCUCAACGGGAUGGUGCUGCUCUGCAAGGUCUGCGGGGACGUCGCCUCCGGCUUCCACUACGGCGUACACGCGUGCGAGGGCUGCAAGGGCUUCUUCCGUCGCAGCAUCCAGCAGAACAUCCAGUAUAAGAAGUGCCUCAAGAACGAGAACUGCUCUAUUGUCCGCAUCAACCGCAACCGCUGCCAGCAGUGCCGCUUCAAGAAGUGCCUGCUGGUCGGCAUGUCCCGUGAUGCCGUGCGCUUCGGUCGCAUCCCCAAGCGAGAGAAGCAGCGGAUGCUGGCGGAGAUGCAGAGCGCCAUGAGCGGCAUGGCCAGUGCCCCACCGCCCAUGCCGGGGCCCGGCGAGGGUCCCGCCACGGGCGGGGGCCGCGCACCGCCCCCGGGUCCCCCGCCGCUCGCCCCCCCCGCCUGCUUCUCCCAGUUCCCCCAGCAGCUGACACCGCCCCGCUCGCCCAGCCCCGGGGGGGCCACCGAGGACGUCAUCGCACAGGUGGCCAAGGCCCACAAGGAGAUCUUCAUCUAUGCGCACGACAAGCUGGGACCCCCUCCCGCCUGCGACAGCGGUCUUCUGCGCUGGGACGCGCCCCCCACCUGGGCCCCCGGUCCCCCCGAGCCCCGGCUGUGCCCCGCCGCCUACCCCGAGCCCCCGGCCCCGCGGGGCUGCCCCUGGCCCCGCGGCACCAAGGACGUCCUGCCGGCGUGCCCCAUGAACAGCCACGUGCCCGGCCGCAGUGGGCGCUCCGUGCAGGAGAUCUGGGAGGAUUUCUCCCUCAGCUUCACCCCUGCCGUCCGCGAGGUCGUGGAGUUCGCCAAGCACAUUCCUGGCUUCCAGGCGCUCUCCCAACACGACCAGGUCACCCUGCUCAAGGCUGGCACCUUUGAGGUGCUGAUGGUUCGCUUCGCGUCGCUAUUUGACGUGAAGGAGCAGACGGUGACAUUCAUGAGCCGCACACGGUACGGGCUGGAGGAGCUGUGGGCCAUGGGCAUGGGAGACCUGCUCGGGGCCAUGUUCGACUUCAGCGAGAAGCUCAGCGCCCUUGAGCUCAGUGAUGAAGAGCUGGGGCUCUUUACUGCUGUGGUCCUUGUCUCAGCAGACCGCUCGGGUAUGGAGGACACGGCAUCAGUGGAGCAGCUGCAGGAGACGCUGCUGCGGGCCCUGCGGGCCCUCGUGCUGAAGACGCGCCCGGCUGAGACCUCGCGUUUCACCAAACUGCUGCUGAAGCUGCCGGACCUGCGCACCCUCAACAACCUCCACUCCGAGAAGCUGCUCUCUUUCCGCAUCGAUGCGCAGUAG